UCAAGAACAUAUGUUUUCGAUUUUCGACGUAAGUUAUUUAACGGCUUGUGAUCACUGUUAUCGUUUUGAUUUGAUUUUGAAUGUCACCUUGAGAGAAACCCACUGUUUGAAAUUAGCUAAUUGGCAGUAACGAAGAGGGCGAUCGAACGCCUUCGCCAAGCUUGGAAGCGGAUUUUAGCGCUUCUUCAGCCAAACCUAAACGAACAAAAAAGAAGGGAAAGAAACAGUCCAGAUCAGAUCGACAGUCCAGCGCAGAGCUCGUGUCACCUGCAGAGGACGUUUUAGAAGACCUUGUCAAAGAGGAAACUGUUAAUAUUCAGACAAAAAAGAAGAACAAGCCCAAAGGCGCCAAAAAGACACAGAAAAGCAAGUCAGAAGUAGACCAGGGUAGUCCCCUAGUUGAUGACGUUGAAAUAAGACUGACGGAUAACGGCGAGACUUCCGAACUUUUUUCUUCCGAGAAUGAUUUGGGCUGUAUUCUAUCGGUGUUCAGGAAUACAGUUCCCCGAAAGGCUAUUCGUUUUUCCCCUUACGAGAAAAGAGCAAGAAGUCCAAACAACAGACUGCUGCGUCUACAGUAUCACCACCUCCAGAACCAGUAUCGGCUGAAACUUUAAAUUCAGUGGUAGAGCAGGUGUUGCGAAAACCUAAAGUAGAUCCUACUAAGCCAUCUAUUAUCGAUCAUUAUCAGAAGCCCAGCCCUAGAAAGCAAGCAGUGCUACUUGUAGAGCCAGUGCCAGAAGUCAGAAGAAAAUUUUCUGCGUCCUUAGAAAAAGUUCAACUUUUUGCAGCUGAGCAUAAGGUGCAAGAAGCAGUCGGAUCGUCACAAAAGCAAAAGGAGAGCAAAAAAGUAACGCCUCAUAUCUCGUACGCUAACGUUGCUUCAAACACUAUCCCUUGUACUACCAAAGCUGAAACAGGAUCUGAGAUCAACGUUCUUGAGAACACGAUACAGAAAGAAAUUGAAGAUGAUGUGUUUUUUGUCGUGGAAGAUGUAAAUUUACCUGAAGAUAUCCAACAUCCAAAUUCGACUGACACUGAAAUCGCAAAUAAGCUCGAAGUGGUUGAGAAUAACUCACAAGUUACUGCUCCUGUGGUUGAAGAAUCUACUGAAGCCAGCUGCGUCCAAGACUCAAACGUCGGAACUGAGACUACACCUUCAAACAAGGUCUCUAAUGAAACGACCAAUAAUUAUUUCUUAGAAACCGUUGAUGAUUCAAGUAUUGAGAAUACUUUCAUUUCUGCGGGGGUAGAAGGCGUUGUGAAAAGGCGUAGUGAAGAAAAUGUUGAGGAGGCAAUCGAAUACGAUGACCCUUUAAUCAAACAACGAAACUUUUCAAAUGUCGAACGUAGUACAAAUGAUCACUUGGAGCAGCAAUCUUAUGAUUUUAAUAUACAGAAAAUAAACUUAGAAACAUCGGUCUACAAAGUGAAUGUUAUAGCAGAACUUAAUCAAUCAAACCCAAACUUAAGCCAAAGAUCUGAAUCAAAAGAAGACAACUUCAUCAAAGAGGAAAGCUCUCUACCUUCAAAGACAUUCACCGUGAAUGUUACAGCAGAUGUUGAUCAUUCAAACACAAGUCAUAGAUCUGAGUUAAGAGAAGAAAGGUUAAUUCAAGAAGAAAUUUCUCCCCCUACAAAGACCGGCUUGAAUAGUAGCCAUUCUGUCAACGAGUUUCAGACACCAGAAUCGACGACAUCUAAACUUGAUACUAAACCAAGUUCCUCUAGAAGUAACACAUCACCCUCAUUCAGCGAGAUGCACCAAACACGAGUGUUAACCUUGAAUGACAAGGAGCAUCUUGAGUGCACCUUGUAUCGUCUAGAGAAAGGAUGGAACAUAGAGUUUAGGGUGGGACCCUCCCUAUUCGGACGUAAAGUAUAUCUUUUCUGCAACUACCCCCUGCCAGGGGCGGAGUUUGACAGGAACGUAUAUCGUCAGUUGCCGUGGCAGUGGGACGAGGGAUGCAAGGAUGCGGAUGACAGCGCCGCAUUUGCGGAUCUGGAGCUGAAGAUCGCAGGCAGUUUUCAUUAUUAUUACACAUACGACAAAAGUGAAAAUGCUGAAAGACAAGGCUCGGGCUACUUUCUAGUUGAUCCAGUUUUGAAAUAUGGAAACAAUGAACAUCUUUUAUUGGACUGCAUCCAGUGUCAGACCGUUCUUUCUAAAGGCCUGGGUUCUUUUUCUUCAUGGAAGAAUAAACUCAGAGUAGCAAGGGAAUCAGGAUACAACAUGAUUCAUUUUACCCCAAUACAGGAAUUGGGUAUUUCGAAUUCCUCCUACAGUUUAAAAGAAUACUUAAAACUUAAUCCGUUAUUCGUGAAGGAGGACGGGAAAAUGCCGACAUUUGAUGAGAUAGAGAAGUUCGUUGUUGAAUUGAGGUCUGAGUGGAAGAUGACCUCAAUAUGCGACGUAGUUCUAAACCACACGGCGAACGAGAGUCAGUUUUUGCAAGAACACCCAGACGUAACGUACAACUGCCAAAAUUGUCCGUACAUGCGACCUGCCUAUUUGUUAGACGUCGCCUUCCAUUGUUUCUCGAUGGACGUGAAAAAGGGCCUAUAUGAAGACAGAGGUAUACCCAUACAAGUGAACCAUGAAGACCACCUGAAUGCAAUUCGGUAUCAUUUUAAAGUCAGUGUGUUAGAUCCUCUGAACAUUCCGGAGCUGUUCAUUUGCGAUGUAAAUCAGUACGUGCUGGAGUUUUUGACCAGAGCCCGCGUGUCGUCCCCCAGAACCAUGCACAAUCCCGAACCUGCUAACGAAUCCGAAGGCAAUUUGAAACUAAAGCAGGAUCCGCAAUUCAGGCGGCUGGCUGCCACUGUCGACAUGGAUAAAGCGCUCAAACUGUACAACGUUUAUUGGAACGACACGUUUGAUGAGGAGUCGAGGUUGAAGAAGUGCGCAGAGAUGUUCAAGAACUCACUAUAUUCGCUUAACAAAGCAAUAAUCGAAGAAGUGAACAAUGACUUGAAUACAGCCAUCGAAAACGUUAUAGCCGGCAUCCGGUAUUUCCGUGUCCAACCUGAUGGCCCCAAAUUCACAGAUAUUACCAUCAGCACGCCAUUGGUGUACAGGUAUUUCACCGAUCAUGACGAAAAUCUAUUGACCCUGAAGGAAUACGAAGCGGCAAUGUACAGCGAUAAAGGGCGCUUCAUGAUGGCUCACAAUGGAUGGGUCAUGAACUCUGAUCCAUUGCGAAAUUUUGCUGAACCAGGUUCCAAGGUGUAUUUCCGCCGUGAGCUGAUAGCUUGGGGUGAUAGUGUGAAACUACGUUAUGGAGACCGUCCUGAAGACAGCCCUGAGUUAUGGUCUCACAUGCGUAAAUAUGUUGAGCUUACGGCCAAAAUCUUCGAUGGUGUGCGAUUGGAUAACUGUCAUUCUACACCUAUCCACGUUGCUGAAUAUUUACUAGAUUGUGCAAGGCGGAUCCGGCCAGACCUUUACAUAGUUGCGGAGCUCUUCACCAAUUCGGAUAUGACAGAUAAUAUCUUCGUAAACAGAUUGGGUAUAUCCUCUUUGAUAAGAGAAGCUAUGUCUGCAUGGGAUUCCCACGAAGAAGGCCGUCUUGUAUACAGAUACGGUGGCCGACCAGUUGGCUCUUUUUAUCAACCCGGCACAAGACCUUUGAGCCCCUGUGUAGCACAUGCUCUGUUUUUGGAUCUAACUCACGAUAACCCAUCACCAGUAGAAAAGAGGUCUGUCUUCGAUCUGUUGCCAUCAACAGCACUUGUCAAUAUGGCUUGUUGUGCUAGCGGUUCAAAUAGGGGUUAUGAUGAGCUGGUACCUCACCACAUUCAUGUGGUGGAUGAAACAAGAGAAUAUACAGAAUGGAGCGAUGAUGACAAAUUAGUGACUAGUAGUCCCAGAUAUGUUAACAAUCAAUCUGGAAUAAUCAGUGUGAAAAGGGCGUUGAAUGACCUGCAUUUUACGCUCGGUAAACUUGGUUUUGAUCAGGUGUAUGUUGAUCAAAUGGACCCAGACAUAGUGGCUGUAACAAGACAUUGUCCAGAAACGCAUCAGAGCUUUAUUCUAGUAGCGUUUACAGCCUUCAGACACCCAACAGAGGAUACUGAUAAAUAUCAGAGAGGUAUUAAGCCACUUAGGUUUGAAGGUGUGCUGGAAGAAAUCGUUUUGGAAGCCAGUUUAAGUCAUGUUGGAAGCAGAUCUGGUGGACCCAAGUUCGCGAAAUUCAAGGAUUUUGUUCAGGAUUCCAAGUGGAUCAAUGGUCUCUCUGAAUAUACGGCGACUUUGAAAAGGCACAUCCAAGUUUCCGAUUCUGACAUAUGUGAAAAAGUGGAUUCUGGUACGCCAAACGUUACACAGCUCAAUUUCAAGAAUUUCAAGCCAGGAUCAAUUAUAGUUGUCAGGGCUUCCUUGCCGGCGUCAAUGAAGAACGCGGUGGAAACUGUCAGGAAAUUGAUUCCGCAAUUUUCUCUAACUAAUGAGACAGAAUUGAACAAAAUUAUCAGCAAGAUGCAGCUAUCUGACUUGAAUAGGGCACUAUAUAGAUGUGAUCAAGAGGAAAGAGAUGAAAGUUUUGGCUUUGAUACUUACAAUAUACCUAGCUUUGGAUCGAUGGUCUAUGCAGGAUUACAAGGUUUCAUGUCAUUGAUGUCCAACAUUCGACCCAGUAAUGACCUUGGACAUCCCAUGUGCGCAAACCUUAGAGAUGGAAACUGGAUGAUAGAUUACAUUUCCAAUCGUCUAAAAUUAGAUGUCGGCACCAAGGAAUUGGGCGAAUGGAUAGCAAAAAGUACAGAGUGUUUCAAGGAAUUCCCAAGAUACUUAGUACCUUGCUAUUUUGACGUUGUACUUACCGGCCUGUACAUUCUAUUACUAGAACAAAGCUACAAACUGAUGACAGACUUUGUGAAACAUGGAUCCACGUUUGUGAAAGGUUUAUCUAUGGGAUCCGUACAGAUGGCUGCUUAUAUAAAAUCAACAAAAUUACCUGAUCUGUCUCCAAAUCUAGCACCACCAAAACCACCAAUGAGGAAGCAGGAAGAUGACAAACAGGUGCAAGCUUGUGUUACCCUCGCUGCAGGUUUACCUCACUUUGCUGUUGGUUGUUGGAGAAGUUGGGGUCGUGACACAUUCAUAGCCCUGCGAGGUUUGUGUAUAUUGACAGGCAGAUACCAAGAAGCUAGGGAGCACAUUUUGGCUUAUGCUGGAUGUUUGAGACAUGGCCUCUUACCAAACUUACUAGACGCCGGACAAAACCCACGUUACAACUGUCGUGACGCAAUUUGGUGGUGGUUAUAUUGUAUCAAGGAGUAUUGUGAAGAAGUUGAUGGCGGUACGUCAAUUCUGAGCGACAGGGUGUCUAGGCUGUUUCCUGAUGACGAAAGUGAUCCACAACCUGCAGGGAAAUAUGAUCAACCGUUGCAUGAUGUAAUUCAGGAGGCACUUACCAGACACUUCCAGGGGGUAACCUUCAGAGAAAGAAGUGCUGGUCCGAAGAUAGAUGAACAUAUGAGUGAUGCAGGUUUCAAUGUUCAAAUAGGAGUUCAUCCAGAGACUGGUUUUGUCUUUGGCGGUAACCGUUGGAAUUGCGGCACCUGGAUGGAUAAAAUGGGUAGUUCAAGUCAUGCUGGAAACCGUGGGAAACCAGCCACUCCUAGAGAUGGAUCUGCAGUGGAGCUUGUUGGUCUGUCCAAAGCUGCGUUAACAUGGUUAUGGAACCUGAACCAGAAGGGCCUCUAUCCCUACGAUGGAGUACAAAGGAGCAACAAAGAUAAUACUGUCGUAACAAAGUGGACUUUUAAAAUGUGGUCGGACAAAAUCCAAGAUAAUUUCGAAAAAUACUUCUGGGUGAAUACAACGCCUACUGGUGAUGAAAUUAGGGCAGACUUGAUCAAUAAACGAGGAAUAUACAAGGACUCUCACGGUUCUAGUCAUGAAUACACCGAUUUCCAACUAAGGUGUAACUUCCCGAUAGCUAUGGUAGUGGCCCCAGAGUUGUUCAGCCAUCAACAAGCGUGGAUUGCUUUAAGCAAAGCCGAAAAAUACCUCAUUGGACCUUUGGGAAUGAAAACCUUAGAUCCUGACGAUUGGGCUUACAGGGGCGAUUACGACAAUUCUUGCGACUCUACGGAUGCUUCUAUAGCAAACGGAUUUAAUUACCAUCAAGGGCCUGAAUGGGUGUGGCCAAUCGGAUUCUUUUUGAGAGCCAAGUUGAUAUUCGCAUCUCAAAAUAAUGCUCUAAAGGAAACCAUAGCUAGUACUAAACUGAUCUUAUCGAAGCACUUCGUGGAACUACAGACGUCUGAUUGGCGAGGAUUACCUGAACUUACAAACACCAAUGGCUCCUACUGCAAGGACAGCGCGAAAACGCAGGCCUGGAGUAUGUCAUGUAUAUUAGAGGUCUUACACGAUCUACAGAAGCUAGAAGCGCUACAACAUUCUUCUGCUGAGGAUGUCAACUGACUGAAACAAAAUUACCUAACCCAAAAACGCCACUACCUAGACAAAUCAAUCAUUUCAUCGAAACUUACGAAACAACACAGCAAAUCCUCUGAAUCGAAAAUGUUCAAAAUCCUUCGCAGGCAGAAAAUAUACACUGAAACGGUUUUCUCAUUGGAGGAAAUAAAGGUUGCGUCUGAUAUACAAAGCAACGGAGAUUAUCAAAAUCGAAAUGAUGAUAAUGUAAUCCGCCUACGUCACGAACGGUUUUCUAGUUUUAGCGAUUUGUAUUUAAAAAAUAACCAGACUAUUCCGAGCUGUGUUAUCGUUUUGAAUGACUAUACUCAAACUGAUACAAAUUUACUUCUAUCCAAAGCCAAGUUUACAUGCAGUACCAGCUUUGUACCUUUUUUCCAACAAAUACCAUGCAACAAUAUUCCAGGUAUUUUACACGGCCUAUCUAGAUUUAGCCCCAAAAAGUUAGAGUGCGAAAGGUGUUCGCCUAUCGAACAUUAUCCUGUUUUUUCAAACUCAUCGAAACAGGAUUGCCAGAAAAAACAUUCAUUGGGAUAUCUCGCUUGUAGCAUGCGCUCUUCUAACAAAAUCAAAAGAAAAACGGCUGAUAUAGAGGAAAUUAUUGCAGUGGUAGAGACCGACAAUGCAAUAGUAGAAGAAACUAGUGAUGAAGUAGAACCUUCCUCCUCUGAAAAGGAAGUAUUGUUAUUGAAUCCUCUUCUACUAGAGAUGAGGUCACGAAGAACCAAACAGAGGAUAAGCGAUUCUGAACAUAAAAAGAUUGCCAGGAUUACCAUACUGUAUAUUUUGGCAUUUUUUGCUUUGGCCCUCGUGACCUUUUUCGUGACUUAUUUGGCUUGAUGCAAGUACAAAUACAAAGCAAGGGCUCGAUGAAUAGACCUAAAAUAUGAAAAUCUAAACACUAGUCAAGAAAAUCAAACUACAAUUCGUAUCUAUUACUUAAAGCAUACCAUUCACUCUGUGAAACUGCCAACAAGCACAUUGAAUCAGCGUUGUUGACCGUAAUUUGUAGCUAAGAUUUAAAAAUAUUGAUCAUCUCGAUAGUUUUGAUGAGAAAUACUCGUAUAUUUUCAAACCAAAGACAAAAUGUUUUCGUACUUGUUUUUUAGCAAGAUUGUCACGAAUGCUAUAUCCUUAUCUAUAUUUUUUAUGUCUAUUCCUUUUUUAUCUUUCUGAUACUAAUCAAAUUGCUAUAUUAUUGUUAUGAGCACAGUGAUAAAAUAUUAUAGUGAUAUUAUUCUCUCUUUUAAUGUCGAAUCUAAUCAAAAUAUUUAUGCAAGUUUUAACAUUGUAAUUAAAAUCCUUUAAUAUAAUACUCGUUGAUACAUUUGA